GAUAUAAUAACAUUCGUUCCUGUUAAAUUGUGGCCUUUGAACAAACAAAUAAUACUAAGGUAGGCAACAUGGCCUUCAGAGUGUUUCAAAGUGCCUUUUAUUUCGUCUGUGGAUUAAUUCUGUGUGUCAACGGAUUCGAAUUGGAAGGCUCGCAAAACUCGUUUGCAAAAUUUCAAAAAUGGAACCCAUGUCGAAACAGUACAAUCAGUUUAGAAUUCAAAACUGACGAACCAAAUGGGUUGAUUCUUUACUUUGAUGAUGGUGGUCACUAUGACUUUUUUGAGAUUAAACUUGUAGGCGGUGUGGUGCGGUUUCGGCUAAAUCUCGGCCAUGGUGCAAUCAUACUUGCUGCUGGACAGAACUUGAACAACAACAAUUGGCACAAGAUUGAAAUCACGUUGAACGGUGGCAAGAUGACAUUGCAGGUUGAUUCAUUGACCCAUUCCAAACCGACAACAGGAUUUGACCAGAACUUUGGUAACAUCACCAACAACAGUGAUGUCUUCAUUGGGGGUCUUCCAGAAGCGUAUGAUAACAAACUUGGCCAGUUAGCGCUACCGUCUGUGGUAUUUGAACCCCACUUACGAGGUUCGAUCAGGAAUCUACUCUAUUCGAAUUGUUCUGAAGCUCAGAUUAGGCCCGAAAUGACUGGGUUCAAAGGAUUGCGCUUCAAUACUGAGGUGGAUGCAUGUCGGGAGAGUAAUCCUUGCUUAAACAGUGGAAUAUGUAUAAGCACUGAUAACGGAGCGCUGUGCGAUUGUUCACAAACGGAAUAUGUCGGCGAGAAUUGCGAAAAAGAGCGGAAGCCCUCCAUAGCCACAUUCUAUGGUACUCACUACUUAAGCUACGACCUGUCCUCGAAAGGUGACCCGAUCCUCAGUAACAGGGACACCAUCAUCAUAGAGUUCAAGACAAGACAAUCAAGUGGCCUUCUAUUCUACACAGGAGAUGGUGGUGAUUACAUCAACAUAGCUCUAAAAGAAGGUGGUGUGCUGCUGACAACCAACCUGGGCUCCGGGCCAUUCACUACCUCAGUCAUGCCGGACAGAUUGAAGCGCUUUGACGACAACAAAUGGCAUAAACUCAUCGUGAAGCGAGAAUCGAGAGAGCUGACACGGCAACACGGUUUCCUGGAUAUCCGUGUGAGCGUAGAUGGUAUCGAGAAAACUGGGACAACGUCCGGUGAAUACAAGAUGCUCUCAAGUAACAUUCUCUACGUUGCUGGAAGCCCCGACACUGGUAACCUCCCUGGGUCAAGAAUACGAAACAACUUCAAGGGAUGCAUGAAAAACGUGAUGUACAUUGCUGACAGUAUACGUCUUGACAUAACCAAUCUUGCUGUUCUUGAGCACGAACUCAUAUCAAUCUAUGGUGAUGUAAAAUUUGGGAUCUGCGAAGACUUCAUCGUAUCCCAGCCCAUAACUUUCCUAACCCCGAAUUCAUACAUACGAAUCCCUCCUUGGCAAGCACCACAAGAAGGCAGCAUUGCUUUUGAAUUUCAAACCUCCGAACCAGAUGGUCUGAUCAUGUACAACAGUGGAGCAGAAAGCCUUUCAGAUUUCUUUGCUGUGGAACUUCUCCAGGGACGAAUUUUUGUCAUUCUUGACCUUGGUUCAGGCUUCGUCAAGGUCAAGGGUUCAGAUAAAUUACUGAAUGAUAGCAUUGCACAUAAGGUUGUAAUAAAACAUAACGGGAAAGAUGGGACUGUUGCUGUUGAUGAUGAAACUCAGACCUACAAAACACGAGGUAAAAACGAACAGUUAGACUUAGGUGGGUCUCUGUUUGUUGGCGGUAUGAAUCAUCGUAGUGAGGCCUAUAUGACGCCAUACUCCGUCUGGACGGCUAUGUUGAAGGUCGGAUUUGUUGGCUGCAUCCAUGACCUAGAGGUGAAUUCGGACAAGGUCGACUUGGCCUUGCACGCUCGUGAGCAGGAGAUCGCAGACAUCGGAGAGUACUGCCUAGCCAUGGAUAAGCAGUGCUCCAGCCGUCCCUGUAUGAAUCAAGGUCACUGCACUGAGGGCUGGAACCGCUACAUCUGCGACUGUGUUGGCACAGGCUACAACGGCAUUGCCUGCAAUGAAGUUGCCUCCACCCUCAGCUUCGAUGGCACACAGUAUGUCCUCAUAUCGGUGCCUGACGAGUCCCAGACAGAGGCUGAAGACAUUUCCAUCCGCUUUAAGACAAAACGUCCUACGGGUCUGAUUUUUGCGACGAGUACUGAUCAGACGUUGGAUCGAAUGGAGCUUUCAAUAGCCGACGGUCGCCUGAGUCUUGAAGUCAACUUAGGGAGUGGGGCAAAGACUCUUGCAGUUGGCAACAACGUGAAUGACAACAAAUGGCACACGGCUGAAAUCACGCGUCGGGCGAGGAAUAUCAAGCUGCAACUCGACAAACAACUCAUCCGAAGAGCCAAACUACCAAAAGGGAAAGGCAUAAUACUCCGCGUGGCUGUCAUACAUGUGGGCUCAUAUGUUAAUGUCAAAAAGCCCCGUGAUGACAUGACUGGUGAAGCCCGGCUCUUGGAGUUCAAGGAUAUAAAGGUUGGAAAGGUCAACAUCAAGGAGACAGACAAAGCCGCAGCUGAUGAGGGGAAGGAAGAACCUGUCAAAAAAGCAAAAUACUCGCCAUUCCUUGGCUACAUGCAACAGUUUAUAUUCAAUGGUAACCAUUUCUUUGAAAUGGCCAAAGAAGGAAUAUACAAAAACAUUGAGAUUACGGCAAAAUUUGGAGAGACAGGAAAACUUGUACAGAUGCCUGUGACUUUUAAAUCGGGUGACUCUUACGCUUUAUUGAGCCCUCUAAACAUCUAUGCAACCUUCUCAAUCUACUUCCAAUUUAAAACAACUGAUGAGAACGGCCUAAUGUUUUACAGUGCAGGUAAAGGGUAUGAUUUUAUCGCCAUAGAAAUGGUGGACAGUAAAGUAAAUUAUAUCUUUAACACCGGGAGCGGAACGCGCCUCAUGGUGUCCAACACUAAAAAACCUCUUAAUGACAACAUGUGGCACGAUGUUGCAAUCCUUAGACCAAAUUUACAGAAACAAGUACUAAAGGUUGAUGGAAGUGCGGCGAAAUUGACCACUCAAGAUGAUAGUAACGCUGUCCAUUUUGAUUUGGAGGGACCUCUGAAUGUCGGAGGAGUUGAGAAGUCUUUAUAUAAUUCUUUACCAAAUCUUGUGGUCUCAAAGCGUGGAUAUCAGGGAUGUCUGGGCUCAUUGGAUUUUAGUGGAGUUACGCCAAAUAUCAUGGAGGAUGCCCAGAUACCCAAAGAAUUCAGGGCUGAAGUGAUUGAGGGAUGUAAUGGUCCAACAACACAAUGUAGUCCGGGUGCAUGUGAAAAUGGCGGCAAUUGUGUGCAGCAAUGGAAUAGCUUUAUCUGUGACUGUGAUAUGACGUCUUAUUCAGGGGCAAGAUGCAAUGAACCAAGUAUAGCUUACCGAUUCGAAGAAGGUGGCUUAAUAGAGUUUUCCUUUCCAUAUGGGAUGCAGCCAGAUACCAAACGGGAUCAGUUGGCACUUGGGAUUGUGACCACAGACACGAAUGCUGUCCUUGUACGAAUAGACAGCGGUUCAUCUGACGACUACAUUGAAAUGGAAUUGGUGAACGGCAACAUCCUAGUUGUGUACAAUAUGGGAACAACUGACCACCCAAUCGGAGAGCUCUUCCACAAGGUCAACGAUGGAAAAUAUCAUGUGAUACGAUUUACCCGGGAAGGGCCUAACGCCACGAUUCAGGUGGACAACCUCCCGGUGCGACGAAAAAACCCGACAGUGUUUUCCUGGCUUCUGGACGAUGAAGUCCAGCUCACAGGUCGGCAGUUGAACAUAUUUAACAACCAACACAAGGUUUACAUUGGCGGUAAACCUGCCAGAGAUAGAAUGGGACGGCGCAAGAAACGACUGGCAAGUCCACGGGUUACGCAGCCAUUUUCUGGAACUAUAGCAGGUCUUGUCUUGAAUGGUCGGCAUAUAUUAGAGGUGGCCUCAAUGUCCCCUAAAGACAACCGGAUAGCUAUAUCACCAGAGAAUGUCUACCUACAAGUAGCUGGACAGUGGUCAACAAAUGUAACGCCAUUGACACCUACGAAGCCAGUGAUUGGCACGCCUGUACCAGGACAAACGGCCACCACUGGCAUGCAGUCAACAAUGGGAAUAAAGGAGGUUCCACCACCGAGCUCAACUGAAAUUGAGACACCAAGUCUAGCGCAGACAACCCCGAGACAAGAUGGUGCGACAGACGACAUCAUAUUUUCUGGUAACGGUUCCGGAUGUCGAAGUGAUGAUGAAGAUGACUGUCCUAUGGGUUCCUCUGGUGACAACAUCAUCACACCGGUUAUAAAGAUACAUACCACUCCAGCGCCACCUACAACAACGGUACCUACAACAACGUCAACAACAACGCUUCCAACAACGACUCCCGGUAAGAUUGAAGGAGGAUCGGGUAUGGCACCAUGUGACGAUGACGAUACGGAAUGUGACGGAUCGGGUGACGGAGAAGUUAUCGUGGACGCAACACCAAAAUCAAAUAAUGAGGAUAUUUACAUUCAUGGGAAGAGUACGCAGUCGCCCUCUAUGGAGAGAGGAACACAAGACAGUUUAGUUAUAACUGUUAAUAUGACUGAGACUCCGCCCAGGAGGAAUUUUGACGAUUCUUCUAAAAGACCUGGUCAAGAAUCGCAUGAUUCUAGGGGUGGUAACGUAACACCGAUUAACGUUGUAACGCCCUCUGUAGGUGCAAAUUUAAAUCAAGAAAGUAGCGGAUUCAAUAUUGCGUCUUUCUUUACAUUACCAGUUAUCAUAGGUAUAGCCGUCGGCGGACUACUUCUUUUACUAAUUAUCAUAUAUAUAAUAUAUAAGUGUAAAGGUAGGGACGAAGGUUCGUACAAAAUAGACGAAAGUAAAAAUUAUCGAAUAGAAAGUAAACCACUAAAAAGUGACCCGCAUAUUAAUGGUGGACUAAAAGCUGGAGUAGCACCGGCGAAACCACAUAAGAAGAAAGAUGUUAAAGAAUGGUAUGUGUGAUGUGUUCAUGUGUGUACUUUGGUGCUCAAAUUCUACCUGAAGUGAACCAAGAUAUUCUAGAAUUGGAAUUUCCAGGAUUGGCCGAUACAGAAAUAUUGGAAGGACUUGGAUGUGUUAUGGAAAUUCAUGAGUUCUUUAAAAAGUGGAUGUGUUGUCUUAAGGCCACGAAACGGUUUCGUUCUUGAGCGAAGUGAUCACCAAUUACGUUCAUUGAAUUCUAAUAUCUGAGUUUGUGAGUGUAUGGCGAUAAUGUGUUCUUCAUAUCCUCUUAAGUCGAACGGUAUGGGAUCCGGUUGACCGACAUCCGGCGGUGCCAAACUGCAUGGUACUUGUAACCACCUGAAGGAGAUUAUUAGGAAUAAGACUGGGAAGUUUAAGCUGCUGCUGAGGUGUGCUAGGUUUGAGCAGAAAAGAGGCCAGGUCUUUCCAUGACCCAAGGUGUGGCGCCAACUCUAAAAGCACUGAGGGCAGGCUGGGUAGAUUACUGCACCACCUGGUGAUCUUCCUCAAGUUACCUAAAUAUUGAAUUGGAGACAAUGAACAUGUCCAAAAAAUCUAACAGUUGUUUAUGUAUGAUGAUCAAUUCCAGAUAAUUGCGUUGUAGCAUUUUUUCGCUCUCAGUGCUGUAUAGAGUUGCCUAGUACAUGAAGUGCUACGUUCCAAGCCAUUGGCGGGUGACACUGGGUCAUGGGAUACUGCAUCAUGUCACACUGCAUCGGAGGACGCUGCGCCAUGAUUCUGGCCAACGGAAUACAGAAUCAAAACUUCAUCAAAUCAAACGAAAAUGCUCAGGAUAAUGAUCGUCACUGUUGUAGCAGAUUUUGACCAGUCCAUUGUUGAUUCAUCAGGAUUAUCAUUCCCAAAACUACACAGAGGUGGCGUUAAAGAAUUAGCUUGUGAUAUCGCCACGAAUAGUACUCACUGUUGUUGUGGUGUAUGUGAGAAACGUCUUCUGGUGUUUGUUGCUAAUGCGCUUAUAAGCUUUGUUACUAUUGAUUCGCUUGCACUCGUACCAGUAGGUCCCCCUAUUGGUGGUUUCAAGUUGCAGAAUAUGAUCUUACUAUUUUAACGCUAAAAGGACAGCAUGGUGCACAACAAAAAAUCUACAAGUUUAACUGCUAAAUUGGACAUGGGAAUACACUUGCCGGAAAUCUCAAUUAAAUGGAUAUUGCAUUAUUUCAUAUCUUUGCAGGACAUCUCAAUAAUGAACCCAAAUGUAUAUUGCAUUACAUGUAUUGCUUAAUUGCAAGACAUCUCAAUCAUGAACUGAAUGGAUAUUACAAGUAAAAAGUUGUCUAAGGGCAACACAAGUCAAAAGACUUCGAAACUUAAUUCUUCAAACGCUAACACUACAGUGCAUGAAUCUACUACACAGGGUUUUGAAAUAUGGUCUAUCACCUGUUGUAUUUUAAAUGUUUCAGAAGUUUGUGAUGCAAGAAUCUUUUUCUUAAAUGUGUUGCAAGAAGAAUAUGGAGAGAUGUCUUGUAUUUCAUCCUUGAUAUUACGUCUACCUUGACACUAUUUUCAGUUGGAUUUCCCUUCAUGUUCAGAACAAAGCACCUUUUGCGAAAAAAUCUCAUUUUCCUAAGUUAAGCCAUAUGGAUUCUAACUUAAAUGGAUAUUAUGUGAAAGGCUGUUAAAAUACCAAUGAACUUUUUGUGCACUCCUCAUCUUGGAGUUGCUUCUCCGAAUCAUCAUUUGUGCUUCUUGAAUGAACGCUCCAUGCCGUCAUCCUGUUUACAACAGGUUUAAAACUAUGGCAGGGUGAUAUGAAGUAGUGGUUCUCAUCUAUGUCCUAAUGACAGACGUGUUUUACUUACUUACAGUAUAUUUUAAGGUUUACAUGGCGAAUAUUUGAAAGUAUGCUGGCUUCUGGCACUGGACUGACUGGGCCUAUGUUAUUACUUCCUCAAAAGCAUUAAUUUUAACUUGAAAGAUACGUAUUUACUUUAAAUCGAUGGUAAUAAAAAAUGCUUUAGUCAAACCAGAUGACACGAUAUGCCCAAUUCCUGAGGACUGGCCCUGACUGUUGCCUACUUUUAGUCAAAUUUAACUCAAGCAUUCAACCAUCACAAAAUCGGCCAAAGGUUGGGAUUUAGAUUUGAAUUUGUUAUUGUAGUGUUUGUAAACCUUGCCCAAUGUAACCUGGUGUGGCUUGGAAAAUGGACCAAAUAACACUUGAACUCAUUCUGCUGCUAUUUUUCCCUUUUGCCUUCAAUGCCUCAUUUAGCUUGACAUAGGUGACAGAAAAAUUAUUCGAUUUUGAUAAUCGUAAGACUUUGACAAAGUGUUCUUAUUCUUCCAAUUUGAAAAUAUCAAGCAACACAACUUCCAAAUGGUUCGCAUUAACAUCUUUAUAUCUAGGACUGUCCCUGCCAAAAGCCACUCUAACCACUGCUAUACCACAAUCAUCCUCGGUGGAGAAUCUGCUCCCCAGCUGGCCGAGAAUUAGAUGGGCCUUCCAACUUUUUAAGCUGCCCUGUCCUCAGAGAGGGGAAAGUUGGAAUGAUUGAAACACCUUGUUGGUUGCUGUUCUUCCCAGGCCUCUAUUAGGCACUACCCAGGGCUGGCUGAUGGUAAGUUGGAAGGCCCGCCUGCCUUGAGUACACAGUGAGUUUCGGUCAGUUGCAGGGGAGCUGAUUCUCCACGGUGUCAAUGUGAGCCAUUUUACUGGAACAUAUGACUGACAGCCCUUUCUACUUUCUUGUCAUACAUGUAAUAGGACUUUAACAUUGAAGUUACAAUUGUGGUUAUGUGAUGCCACAUCAUGCCGUCUGUGCACAUACCAUGUGUUGUACACUUUUGUGCUUUGUGAUGCUAGGUGCUAAUGUGACAUGUCAUGCCAACAACCUGAAGCAAAGCACUGUCAUUCUUAAAUGUUUAACCCUUUGGUUAAAAAACAUGUUGGCCUAAAAGGGGGAAUACAGACACAUUACAUUCAAUGAAUCCUCGCGCAUGAACGCAACGAAAGAUAUGUCGACACAGACACAAGCCAAUGAAAAUCACAAGUGACAGGUUUAGGAUUGAUGGUACCUUAAGGCUCAUUUCAGGUUUUAAUUGGUAACGUGCAACUUUUCACAUGUCAUUUCUGAAGAGUGGGCUACAUAGGAGUUCAUGUGUCUCUUUUCACCCUCAUGUGUUCUCCUGUUUUCAAGACUGAGUCAAUGACUGAACAUGUAUAGUGACACUUGACACGUGACUUUUAACAUUGUAAAUCCUAUGUAAUUGCAGCCUAGUGGACACCACACCCUGUCUUAAGUCUUCCUGUCACGCUUAAUCAGGCCCUGAAGUGCCUUGGCUGUAUUCCCCCAUUUGUAUGCCCACCAUUCAUCUGAAAAAACACAUUCACCUCUGUUCUCAAGUAUUGUUUUCAGAGUCAGUUUACUGAUUCUCUGCCAGAUGAUGACUUUUUACUAAGCUCACGUUGCUGCUAAAACUACGAUUCUUGCUUGUACGGGGGGCAUAAUCCAGUUAUUUAAAGACAACUUUUGCUGCCAUGUUUCAGUCACACACGAGUGUCGUCACAAACUUAGGCUGCUCUGCCUUGAGUGAUUUUGUUAAAAGAAAAACGAAAGGUCCUACCAGUGUUUUGAGCCCUUUAAUACAGAGCUAAAUAAUCCAGCUGAUUAUCAGCAACUUUACCUGCAUGGUGCCAAGUUGCACGCAUGCAAUACUGUUAUCAUUCGAGGUCCGGCAACAGCCAGUGGCUGGUAUAGUGCGGCAUUUUCAGCUCUAAUAAACUUCCCAUUACUAAAAAACUCGAGUAUCGUGUGUCAUCAUGGGUUAUGUCAACCACAUCAUGAUCAAGGUACGAUGCGUCUGAAGUCACUCGUGACAUCACGCAACACUCGAUUUGUCACGUGGUCGGAGUUUUAUUGGUCCUAAAAACACAAUUUUUGACAUUCAAUUUUUGUAAUUAGGCCUUGAACAAGCUGCAAGUUCCGUACCCUGAGAAUGAACUCCAUACAAUCACCAUAAGGGCUUCUGUAGACCAAGGGGUGUUUUUAUAGAUAUAGGCCAAAACAAUGUGAAUUAUGAAAAACACCACUGCAAUUCUGUCUGCCAUGAGAAUACGAUCAAUUAAUGCUUAUAUGUGCACGAUACUUGGUAAUGUUGUAUGGUGCCAGUAAUCCACUCCUCUUCUGUAUGCUCUAGCUGGCUAAAAUGGAGGCAUGUUUAAUAGAUCAUUCGGUUGGAGUUAUAUCAGAUGAGGCUCUAGUAACUUUGCUGUUGUGUAUGUUUUCUAUGCGGUUUUCAGAAGAAUCAAUAAAUUUAUACGGUUGACUCAAGUGUUAACUCAAAAAAAAUGAUCUGACAAGCCAGAGUGCUACUAUGUCAUAUUUGUCGAAUGGUUUGAAAUUGUCGCGUGUGUGAGUUAUAGACUUGUCUCAACCACCGUAAAACAAGCUAAAGUUGCCAAAACUAUAGGCCACCAAAUUUCCAAUUUAGCAGCGUAUCAUGUCAGUUUUCGUUGUCCAUUGUUGGACUUAACUUUGCAUACAGGUACGCUUUAUUAUCCUCGACUGAUGCUAGAGUCACUAGUCAUUUACACAGAUAGGCUUCAAUAUUCUCGACUGAAAUUUUAGUCACUAGUCAUUUACACCGGUAUACUUUAAUAUUCUUGACUAAAAUUUUAUGCUACUAGUCAUUUACACUGUUUUCUUGUCUCUUCUGUUACUCAGUGCAUGCUACUUCGAAGUAUAUCAUAGUUAUUUCACUUGAGACUCUGAUUUUUUCUAGUCUGACCAAGUGCGAUAUGAAUUUGGUAUUAAUGUACCUCAGUCAGUGCAUAAAUACAGUCAAUUGCAAAUAUUUGCAAAAAUAAAUUGGCCUGAAUAUUUAACAAUAGGUUUUUGACAGUAGGAGUCAAGUUAGUCAAUGAGUGCCAAUUGUUUCAUUUGUUCUUCCAAUUUAUUCCCACCAUAAAAUGUAACUGCCACUAUAAUUAACAUAUAGAAAUACAUCAAACACUGUACAGUGCAAAGCCUGUUGUCCAUGCCUUCAUUUUUGCCUCAUGCAAGUGAACCUAUUUGGAUUACCUAUUCCAUAAUGUACUAUCAUAGAUAUUCAUAAAUUAUUGUAAAUUUUUAUACUCAUGAUUCUGCUGUGUGGAUGAUGAACAUGUAAAUAUAAAUUGAAUGCUUUUAGAUGUGAGGUAUCAUAUGUCAUACAUAUAAUGAAGAUAUUGAUGUAUUGGACGACCAGCAUUGACUGGUAAAUUACAAGAACAAAUUUCUUACAUUUUUAAGUGUGCAGUUGUGUGGAGAUCAGAACAUUGCAGCAAUCUGAUUGGAAAUGCUUUUUUCAGGAAGUUUCUCAACUGUAGUUCCGCAGUUCUCAAGCCUGUUAUAAACAAUGACAAUGCAUCCAACUGGUCUCUUUUGAAUCAUUGGGGCCAAUUGUGGACAUGCAGAUACCAAACGUUUUGUGGAAAGGGGGUCUAUUUUGAGUUGAAUCUGCAACUUAAUUGGUACAGAAACCUCAUGAGAAGUGCUUACAAAUAGGGACUUAAAGUGGUAUGAUUCCUGAAUGUCAGGGUGUGGUUAAUCGCUUGGGGAUGUGAAUGUAGGACAAUUUUUCUCCUCAGAACACGGUCUGUUGUGGUCGUCACCAGUUGAACUAUAACUUUAUAAUAUUGAUGUUACUGCUGGUAUGUAGAAUGGCUCUUACUGAUAAAGUGCCAAAAUCUGCCGUUUUAGUUAGAUAUUUAUAAGGGUCGCAUAACCUUUUUGACUAAUCAGGCGUGUGCGUUUUUCUACGUUGUACAUAAGCAUUUGGUAAUGCACAAAGAAACUUAGGCAGGUCUCGGCUACACCAUCAUCGAAUGGAAGUUGGCGCACUGCAAUGUACAGUAGGGAUUAUUUGUCAACACUAUUUACAUGCAGAAUAAGCUUGCCAGGGUUGAAUGGAAACAAUCUAUUAUCCCCUUCAUCCAGUAUGUGAAGUCUCCGUUUUUAGAGGCAUUUUCCUAUUCCUCUUGCACAAAGUGUAAAUUGACAGCAGUGUAUGCCUACAUGUAAGCUCUCUGUACUCCGAAUUUUCAAAUCAGACCAAAACUAUUUAGCACUCACUGUGCAAGUUAAUGCACUCCCAAGGAUAACAAUUUGCCGUAAAAGAAUUGUUCAAAUGUUUUCUCUGAGCGAACCCUGCUUUGGACCUCUUGGAAAACUUGAGAAUAUGCAUAAUAUCAUUUAUAACAAGAAAAUAUAAUCAUAUUCCACACUUUACAACAAAUGGUCAGGAUAAUGGUUUCUAAAUUGUUUGACUUCAUGAGACCGGAUACGAAAUGGUGUUGAAUGAAAUUUACCCUUGCGACUUAACAAGCCGGUUAUAAAUGUGGCCCACUACUUAAAACAGAUUGUUUCCAAUAAUCCCUGGCAAUUCACCUCACUCAAAUUUCAAGACACGACGAUCCAUAUUGUAAAAUAGCUUCUCAUUGUAAAAAUUCACCAAAAUUUAUCGUCAGAAAAGGUAUAGACUACAUUGUACACGUGAUUGAUGUAGAACUUUUGUAAAUUUGUGUCA